AUGAUGGAGUUAGGAAGCAUACUACAGUUCCUUAAGGAUAAGACCAUCUUAGUCACUGGUGCUACUGGCUUCCUUGCAAAAAUUUUUGUGGAAAAAAUUCUUAGAGUGCAACCAAAUGUGAAAAAACUUUAUCUUCUACUGAGAGCUCCUGAUAUUGAAUUUGCUAAUCAUCGCUUGCAUCACGAGAUUAUAGGGAAGGACUUGUUCAGAUUGCUGAAGGAAACUCUUGGAGGAAACUUCAAUUCUUUUGUAUCAGAAAAGUUGAGUGUGAUGCCUGGGGAUAUUUCUCAAGAGAACUUGGAUUUGAAGGACACCAUUCUAAGGGAUCAGAUUUUCAAUCAAAUAGAUGUUAUAGUUAAUAUAGCUGCAACAACUAAAUUUGAUGAAAGAUAUGAUGUGGCAUUGGGUAUAAAUACAUUAGGAGUUGAGCAUCUCUUGAGUUUCGCCAAAAAAUGUACCAAGCUUCAGGUGUUUGUCCACGUCUCAACAGACUCACCAAAAGAAGCUAAUACAUCAAUUGUUUCUCUGAUUGACAACACAUUCAGUAACAGGAUCUGGUUUCUUAGAUUUCAUGGAAGUUGUGGUACCAUAAGCUCUGAUACCAUGAAAGGUAUCAGGAACUUAGGUAAUAAAGCAAAAAUUGCGACAAAAGUAGAUUCGGCAGGAGCAUUGCGGCAGAGGUGGCAAGGAUGUUCAACAGCGACGACAGCGUUGGAGGUAGCGGUGGCUAUGUUUGCGAAAGCGGCAACUGCGGAGGAGGUUGAAGGAGAGGAGAGAUGA